AUGGGACCCACUAGCCAAGCGGGAAAUUUCGCCACCAACAAGUCUGGUGAGGGUGAUGUGGUGGAAUUCAUAUCAAAAAGUAGGUCUGAGAAUUAUGCCGGAAGCAUUCUGCACUUCAUGUCUGGAAUGGAUCUUUCAGGUAACAAAUUGACGGGUCCUAUUCCUCCUGAAAUUGGAUAUCUAAGUGGGAUACACACAAUAAAUUUGUCGCACAACCAUUUCAGUGGACACAUCCCAGAAACAUUGUCCAACCUGAAGGAAGUAGAAAGCCUGGACAUAUCCUAUAAUGAGUUGACAGGUCAAAUUCCCCCACAAUUGAUAGAGCUCAACAACUUGGCAGUCUUCUCUGUUGCUGACAACAAUUUAUAA